GUGUUUACUAUAAGAGAAAUAAAAACAAACAGACUAGUGUGCUUAUGUAAUGAAUGUGAACCCGGUGUAGUUUUUAGUAAAUGCACAAUAAAAUAUUCAAGAACUCUUAAUUAUUAUCACUGUAAAUGAAAUGAAAUAAUUAUCAGUGAGCAUUUUUUCUUAUGAAAACUUAUAUUAAUUCAUUGAGAAUAGGAGGAGACAUGGUAGUCUGUUAGUAAAGUCUUGCCUUUACUAAAGGGCAGCAGUUCACAUCUGAUUCCUUUAAAAGUUUGUCAUGACAUUGGUUCUGAUGUAGGCUAAAUUUAUGGUUGUGAGUCUAACAUCAUCUUGCUUGUAUGGUGCAGAAAUUUAGAGCAGGAAAUACCAUCUCUUGUGUCUUUCUGGUCUUCUGAUAAGGAUAUUUCCAUCAUGAAACCUUCUGAUUUAACCGUGGUUCUGAAUGGUCUGGAAGCAGUUGCAAGGGCAUUUAUGAGAGUGAAUGGAGGAGAAGUGAAUAAAGUCAUUAAAAAUUCUAGUUUAAAUCCUAUUUCAAGAACUAUAUUAACUUCCUUAGAAGAAAAAGUCAGUGAAGUUAUAACUUAUGCAGGAAAGCCAAAUGCUGUUGCUAAUGUUGCUUCUGAGAUUCAAGGAAGAGGUAUGGUGGUUGCUGAGUCAAUCAAACAGUAUUCUGCUUUUGUCAUGAAGCAAAACCCAGUUGUUCCAAAAACUAAUAUACCACCUGAUUUUGAAAUAGAUCACCCAAUAAUAAAAGAUGAUUUUAGUGUUUCUAUCUUGGAAGAAGACCAUAAAAUACAAACUAAUUUGAAUCUGCCCGAUUUACAACAAACCACAAAAAUAAAUGAGCAAACUGUAAAUAAUGUGUCCAAAUUGCAACCUGAAGUAACUGUGUCAUCAGAAGAAAUUCAGAAAUUUUCUGUACCACCAAAGAAGAAGAAAAUGAAUUACACAUUAUCGAAGUUGAGCGAAAGAGCGAAGGAAAGAAAAGUUCCGUCAUCUCAAAUUUCUCGUAUCAUGUCUUAUGGAGCACUUGCUGCUAGUAUGGGAUUAGGUGCUGCUGCUGAAAUGACUAGAAGAAAAUUGGGUCUUAAAUCUGGUAAAGAAUCUGAGGCUAGUUCUCUUUUGCAAGAAAAUCCUUUUCUAACUGAAGCAAAUGCCGAGAGAAUUGUUGAUACACUUUGCAAAGUCAGAGGAGCUGCUUUGAAAUUAGGGCAGAUGUUAAGCAUACAAGAUAAUGCUAUGAUUAAUCCACAACUUGCUGCAAUUUUUGAAAGAGUUCGUCAGUCUGCUGAUUUCAUGCCGAAAUGGCAAAUGGAGGAUGUUUUGUUAGCUGAAUUUGGACCUGAGUGGAAUGAAAAUUUUAUUGAGUUUGACCCCAAACCUUUUGCUGCUGCUUCUAUUGGGCAAGUACAUCGUGCAAAGCUGAAAGAUGGGACAGACAUUGCCUUAAAAAUACAGUAUCCUGGCGUAGCAAAAAGCAUUGAAAGUGACAUAAAAAGCUUAAUGGGAAUUAUUAACUUAUGGAACAUAUUGCCCAAAGGAAUGUUUGUUGAAAAUGUAAUGACAGUUGCUAAAAGAGAAUUGAAGAGAGAAGUGGAUUAUAAAAUUGAAGCUGAAGCUGGGAAAAGAUUCAAAGAGCUGUUGAAAGAUUAUCCAGAAUUUUUGGUACCUAAUGUGUAUGAAGAAUUUUGUACUUCUAAUAUUUUGGCCACCGAGCUUGUUUAUGGUACUCCAAUUGACCAACUUGUGGAUAAGGACCAAGAUUUGAGGAAUUUUGUGUGUGAAAAUCUUCUUCGUUUAUGUUUGUUGGAAAUAUUCUUAUUUAGAUUCAUGCAAACUGAUCCUAAUUGGUCAAAUUUUCUUUACAAUGAAGAGACUGGACAAGUUGUUCUUUUGGAUUUUGGUGCAUGUAAUGAUUACACUCCAGAAUUUGUGGAAACAUAUUUAAAUAUAAUAAAGUCUUCUGCAGAACAAGACAGAGAAGGUGUUUUAAAAUUUUCUCAAGAAUUGGGAUUUCUGUCCGGCUAUGAAACUUCAAUUAUGGAACAGGCACAUGUGGAUGCUGUAAUGAUUCUUGGUGAAGCUUUUGCAUGUAAAGGACCUUUCGAUUUCAAGAACCAAAACAUGACUUACAGAAUUCAUGAAUUAGUUCCCAUUAUGUUGAAACACAGACUUACUCCUCCACCAGAAGAAACAUACUCUUUGCAUCGUAAGAUGUCAGGCAUGUUUUUACUCUGCACAAAACUAGGUGCUAUUAUUGACUGCAGGAAGCUGUUUAAUGAAGUGUGUGAGCAAUAUAAAGCUGGUAGAGCACAAUCAACAGUUUGAAUGUACAACAUGUAAUAUAGUUCUGUUUUCUGUAUUAUAGGUAUAUAUAAUGUUUGUAUAGAUAAUAAAUGUUGAAAUAUCUAAUGUUUUCUUAACUAAAAAUUAUAACUGUUAAAGGAUAUGGUGAAUGUCUUGUGGUUUUAUUUAUUUAUUUUUUAUAGAAAAUGGAAUGUCGUAAACCUACUACCGUUUUCCCUACUACAUGGUGGAAAUAAUUGUUACCUUUUAUUUUAGGUUUACAUUUUUAUGUCUUGUCCUUUUUUCUUUGGUGUGUGCAUCAAACUGAUGUUGGUUGUACUAUAUGAGAGAUAAUCUCAUGAAUUAAAGUUAUUAUUAAAUAUUAGAAUAUCACUUC